UGCUUACAUGCACCUUUAUGUGCAUCUCACACAAACGUAAGAGUGACUAUGUACCUUAGAGAGAGGAAGGCAAAGAAGCCCACCUGACUGGGACGCGGGAGGAAACCAAUCAGCUCGUGUCACCCCAGUGCUGAGCCGGGACUGAUGAGGUGCUAGUCUACCCAACUUUUCCACGCGACAGCCUACGAGCUGGAGCUGCUGUUCUCGGCACCUCCCUGCUGCUUGGCUCCAUCCACUCAGGGGCUCAGCCUGAAUCAGUGCAAUGGGCAUGGCUGGGAUCCAGCAGCGCACCUGAACGAUGGGACCUUGAGCCCGGGCGCGCCCUGCCCCAGCCACACGCCUCCGAGGUUUCAGCAGGAGAGAGACAGAGGCAGCAGCGAGGCGCCCCGCUGCUGAGGGAGGGGACUGGCUGGGCGCGGACUCUUCCUGUUUCGCUGCCUUGGUGCUGAGGAGGGAGGGGCUGGGGCGGCUGCACUUGCCCUGGGUGCUGCUGUGGGACUCGCUGCGGGCAUGUCCGGCGGCGCGUCUCGCCGCUCUCCAGCGGCUGGUUUGGUUGUCUGCGGCACAGGCCCGUUGCACGUAGGAGGAGAUGAGCGCUAGGCAGGCCGAGGAGGAGCCGGCUGCUGCCGCCCAUCCACCCCUGCCCCGGCUGCUUUCCGCCUUCUUCUAUGGAACCUGCUCUUUCCUCAUCGUCCUGGUGAACAAGACCGUGCUGACCACUUACCGAUUCCCAUCUCCAAUGGUUCUUGGAAUUGGACAGAUGGCAACCACCAUACUUAUUCUGUAUGUGUCAAAAUUAAAUAAGAUUAUUCACUUCCCUGAUUUUGACAAAAGUAUCCCUGUGAAGUUGUUUCCUCUGCCUCUGCUUUAUGUUGGAAAUCACAUAAGUGGAUUAACAAGCACCAGCAAACUAAGUUUGCCGAUGUUUACAGUGCUCAGGAAGUUUACCAUUCCACUUACAUUACUGCUGGAAAUCAUCAUACUUGGGAAACGAUAUUCACUGGGUAUUAUAGUCAGUGUAUUUACCAUCAUUCUUGGGGCUUUCAUAGCCGCUGGAUCAGAUCUCUCUUUUAAUUUGGAAGGCUACACCUUUGUGUUACUAAAUGAUAUCUUCACAGCAGCAAAUGGAGUAUACACUAAACAGAAAAUGGAUCCAAAGGAGCUGGGAAAAUAUGGAGUCCUUUUCUAUAAUGCUUAUUUUAUGGUGAUACCCACAAUGAUUAUUAGCUUCUCCACUGGAGACCUUCAGCAGGUCACAGAUUUCAAGCACUGGACAAAUCUUUUAUUUCUCUUUCAGUUUCUUCUCUCCUGCUUCUUGGGGUUUCUCUUAAUGUAUUCUACAGUCUUGUGCAGCCAUUACAAUUCUGCACUUACGACAUCAGUGGUUGGUGCAAUCAAGAAUAUAUCCAUUGCUUAUAUUGGAAUGUUGAUUGGUGGAGACUACAUAUUCUCUAUAUUAAACUUUAUAGGGCUAAAUAUUUGCAUGGCAGGAGGACUGAGAUAUUCAUUUUUAACAUUAAGAGACAACAACAAGCCUAAGCAGCCUACAGAUGUAGAAAACACAUCUUGAUUCAAAGACCUAG